AUGAUUUUUAAGGCUAAGGUGUAAUUAAACUAGUCUGGUGAAAUUCCGGUAGAUCUGACAAUUAAAGAGUUGAUUUGGUAAGAUUAAUAAUCUGAUUUCUACAAUAUGAUAUGACAAUUUUAGGAUUGAGUAAUUGAUGAUGAUGUUUAAGAAGAAGUGGAGGGUCACUGAAGACUUGUCUUAGUACAGAAUUUAGAUUUUAUAUUUAACAACAAAAGUAACCUGUUCAUAAUCUUGUAUCGAGUAGGAGUUGAAUCUGAAGUCUUACAAUUUCUAGUCACACACUCUUACUACUAAGCUUUGAGGAAUUGUAUAGAACCCUGCCGCAAAAUUACAUUUUAUUUACUUUAUCAGCUCUGUAAAUUAUAAAUAUAAAAACCUUCAUUUUUCUUUCUUUCUUUCUUUCUGUCAUUCCGCUCUAAGCCACGCCCACUUUUUUAAUCGUUUGCUCUCAGCCACCCAUUUUUUCCAAAAUUUUUUGUUAUUGAGAAUUUCAAAACAGUUUAUGUUCUUUUUCCUACCUGAGAUUUUUUUUCUUCAUUAACUGAGAUUCUUAUUUACUGUUUUGAGUUUGACUGUAUUUUGGUACUGGAUGCUCAUUUUUCUACUGGAUGUUACUGUAUCUUAAUAUUUUGGAAAAUCCAUGAAAAAAAUACUUAACAUAAUUGAAUUUUGUCGCCAUUUUGGAAAAUCCAUGAAAAAAAUACUUAACAUAAUUGAAUUUUGCCGCCAUUUUGGAAAAUCCAUGAAAAAAAUACUUAACAUAAUUUAAUUUUGCCGCCAUUUUGGAAAAUCCAUGAAAAAAAUACUUAACAUAAUUGACACAGGAUUUUCUGCAAAAUUUUUUCACUUUUAGUUCUUUCACUCUUCGUCACUUGAGUUGACAAGACGAUAAUCCACGUAAGCAACUCCUUUUCUGUACUUAAUUUUCCCGCCAUUUUGGAAAAUCCAUGAAAAAAAUACUUAACAUAAUUGAAUUUUGCCGCCAUUUUGGAAAAUCCAUGAAAAAAAUACUUAACAUAAUUGAAUUUUGCCGCCAUUUUGGAAAAUCCAUGAAAAAAAUACUUAACAUAAUUGACACAGGAUUUUCUGCAAAAUCUGUAUCUUAAUAUUUUGGAAAAUCCAUGAAAAAAAUACUUAACAUAAUUGAAUUUUGUCGCCAUUUUGGAAAAUCCAUGAAAAAAAUACUUAACAUAAUUGAAUUUUGCCGCCAUUUUGGAAAAUCCAUGAAAAAAAUACUUAACAUAAUUGAAUUUUGCCGCCAUUUUUGAAAAUCCAUGAAAAAAAUACUUAACAUAAUUGACACAGGAUUUUCUGCAAAAUUUUUUCAUUUUUAGUUCUUUCACUCUUCGUCACUUGAGUUGACAAGACGAUAAUCCACGUAAGCAACUCCUUUUCUGUACUUAAUUUUCCCGCCAUUUUGGAAAAUCCAUGAAAAAAAUACUUAACAUAAUUGAAUUUUGCCGCCAUUUUUGAAAAUCCAUGAAAAAAAUACUUAACAUAAUUGACACAGGAUUUUCUGCAAAAUUUUUUCACUUUUAGUUCUUUCACUCUUCGUCACUUGAGUUGACAAGACGAUAAUCCACGUAAGCAACUCCUUUUCUGUACUUAAUUUUCCCGCCAUUUUGGAAAAUCCAUGAAAAAAAUACUUAACAUAAUUGAAUUUUCCCGCCAUUUUGGAAAAUCCUUGAAAAAAUUACUAAACUUAAUGCAAUUUUGUAUGUAUUUUUGAAUUUUUCACAUUUAAACCCUUUAAGAAAGGGGUUUCUUUCUCCCUAAUUUUUCAGUAAAUAGUGUUUAACUCUUUUUUUUUGAUUUCAUGACGUUUUAGACAAACAAUUAGACCAUUGCUAAUAGUGUACUAAAUCAAUAACCAAUCUUUUGUUUCGGCAUUAUUUUUGCAGAAUGGGAAACAAGAGAAGUUUUAAUGAAGAGGAACUAAAUAGGAAGCGCGAACUAGAUAGAAAUCGCAAGAGGCAGAAAAGUUCAUUACUAACGGAAGAGCAAUUGAUUGAAAAACGACGUGCUAAUUUGGAAAGUCAAAAUAACAUUAAAAUAUUCAUUGCUCAAGGUGUAUAUCAAGGAAAGCUUCUUAAAAAUGAUAAAAUUUUCACUCAAAAUGUUGUUUAUAAAGAAAUUUUUAACAUCUAAACUGUUUAAAGUUUGAAAAUAAAAUUGAAAUUAAUCGUUUAUGUAAUAUAAAUUUCGUAAUAUAAAUUUUACUGUUUCAAAAGAAGAAAAAAUGCCCGUCAUGCUUGACGGGGUACUACACUAGUUACAUAUAUUUUUGAAC